AUGGGGCACAUCAAUUUUCAUCUGGCCACGGCCAUCAUUGCCUUCUGUGCCAAUAUCCUGGCUGCUCCUGCUCCCGACCCAUACGCUCCCUUAGGGGUAGCACCCAUUGCCAAGGCGGCGACAAACGCAGCACAGGGACCAGUGCCUAUCAUGGUGACCUUCACCCCCGAGGAGCUUCAACACUUCGGUAGUGAGGACGCUCAACCCUCCAACACGACGAUCGAAUCACUUGAAACGCGCGGGAUUAUUGGCCCUGACAACCGGGUUCUAUGGGAUCGCCAAGACUACCCCUACAGCGCCAUGGGCCGCAUCGAAGGGUCUAGCGGUUAUGCCUGCAGUGGGUCCCUGGUUGGAAGGCGCCUCGUGGCCACCGCUAAGCACUGUGUGCCGCCCGCGGGGGCUUCCGUGAGGUUCCAGCCCAAGUACUUCAACGGUGAGAGAGGUGGCGGCUCGUAUGCCACUACGAUCAUCACCAUGGCACAGGGAAACGGCGCCUGCUUCCAGAAGGAGGACUGGGCCAUCUUUGUCCUCGCCGACCCCAUGGGCGACCAGGACGGGUACCUUGGAGCCAAGGUGAUUAACUGCGAUGCGCAAAAGAACAGGGCUAUGUUUUUCCACCUGGGCUAUCCCGGUGACCACGGCACGCAGACGCCCUACCGCCAAGAAGCUAUAACUGUGUCACGCUGCGCAGACUGCGAGCCUGGUGGCCCUCUGGAGACGGACGCGGAUGCCGUUGGCGGCCAAUCCGGAGGCCCGCUGUGGCUCCUCGAGGAUGGAUCCCGAUACCUGUACGGCGUUCUGAGCGGUGAGAGUAGCAUCGGGGCUGGUUUUGCGUCUGGGGGCAAUCUGGUCCAGGCCAUCGGCAAGGCCAGGAACGACUUUCCUUAG